AUGUGGGACGAAGAGUACGAGGGAGAGGACGAUGGCUACGACGGCUACGAUGAGAUGCAGAAGCUUCUCACCGGUUCCAGUCCGGCUGCAUCCUCCACAAGCCGUCCGCCCUUUGAGACGCAGGAGCAGCUUCUGCCAACCCCGGUGGUCCGAAGACCAGUGAAUGACCUGGCUGGUGCCAGCAUGGCAGCAGGGUCGGACACACCCGAGGCAACACGCGAGCCUCCGGAGAGCUAUGACAUAAGCGAUGAGGAGGAGGAAGACGGAGAGGAGGAGCUCGAACAUGAAUCGACUGAACCGAUCGCUGCUGAGCAGCCCAAGGGUAUGGUCAACAACAUGCUUCUGAAAGCCAAGCCGAAGACUUUGGCACGGCCACCGGCACAAGCUGCGCAAAAGGCGCGGCCUCAGGCUUCACAUCCCUGGAAGCAUCAAGAAGCGAGCCAGCAGGGCCGCGAGGCGAUGAAGCCUUUGAAAGGCGCGCCACCGCAAGGUGUCGCGAAG